GAGGAGUGUAUCGUGUGAAUGGAGGGAAAGGUUUACUAUCACUCCUACUCAAUUUGGAAAGAGGAAGAUAACCACCACAUCCACAUGUAUGACCAGCAAUAUACACCUCUCUCUCUCUUCUCUGUUGUUGUUCUCCUACAGUCCUACUGGCUCAUGGCUUCGAAGCUCUCAUUCUCUCCCAUAACCGAUCUUUCCCUUCCCUCCGAUGUAUUCCCAAAACCCCCUCAAAGAAUUCCUAUUUUUCCUCACCUGCCACUGAAUUUGUGUGCUGGGUAUCACUGCUCUAAGAGCAUUUCAAGCUCUUCUAGAGUAUCAGUUUGUCAUGCUGUCAAAGAACAGCAAGUGAUUCAAUCCCCAAAUUCGGACUUGACCCAAAAUUCCCAGACUGACCCUCCUGCCUCUUCCAAGCUCGUUCUUGUUGUUGGCGGCUCGGGCGGCGUAGGACAGUUAGUUGUUGCCUCAUUGCUCACCCGGAAUAUCAAGUCACGCCUUUUACUUAGAGAUCCUGAGAAAGCAACUUCCCUUUUUGGCAAACAAGAUGAGGAAAAAUUACAGGUAUGGAAAGGGGACACUCGAAACCCAGAGGAUCUAGAUCCAUCGUUAUUUGAGGGUGUCACACAUGUUAUUUGUUGCACGGGAACAACAGCUUUUCCAUCAAGGCGAUGGGACGGAGAUAAUACACCAGAAAGAACAGAUUGGGAAGGUGUGCGUAAUCUUGUGUCCUCUCUGCCUGCGUCGCUGAAAAGAAUUGUUCUUGUUUCAUCAGUAGGUGUAACCAAGUUCAAUGAACUACCCUGGAGUGUCAUGAACCUUUUUGGUGUUCUCAAGUAUAAGAAGAUGGGUGAGGACUUCGUUCGCAAUUCUGGUCUUCCGUUUACAAUAAUCAGACCUGGGAGAUUGACAGAUGGACCAUACACGUCGUAUGAUCUGAAUACUCUUCUGAAAGCUACCGCUGGAGAAAGGCGUGCAGUUGUUGUUGGUCAAGGAGAUAAACUCGUCGGCGAGGUUAGCAGGCUUGUUGUUGCUGAGGCUUGCAUACAGGCAUUGGACAUAGAGUUUACUGAAGGCGAAAUUUAUGAACUUAACUCAGUCAAGGGAGAAGGACCCGGAAGUGAUCCGCAGAAGUGGCGCGAGUUGUUUAAAGCUGCUCAAGUUCAAUAAACUGCGCACUAUGUUUAUCCAUUUCAUUGGUAUGUAUAUAACAGACGUAACAGUACAUAUGCUGUAGCUUAAAAUAAACAUUGCGAAAGGUUUUUGGUGUUGACAAUUUGCUAGGAGUAAUAUAGGGAGUAAUUAUUCAA